UCCCUGUCAUCUCCAACGUUAGUCGUGCCCUUUCAUCUUCUCUAGACUCAAAACUACCAAACUACCCUCUCCCUUUCUUCAAAUACUCCUCCCUCCCCCGCCGUCUCCACUACCACCACCGCCACCGCCACCGCCAAUUCCUUCGCAACGAUGGCGUCAUCUGGAUUCCGGCCCCUUGACGACAAGUCGCUCAUAGAGUACAUAAAGGCGACGCCCGCUCUCUCCUCCAAGCUUGCAAACCAGCUUGAUGGAUUGCAGAUCAAAGAAGUGGGCGACGGCAAUCUCAACUUCGUCUACAUCGUCAUCUCCUCCGCUGGCUCCUUCGUCAUCAAACAGGCGUUGCCGUACAUACGUUGUAUAGGGGAAUCGUGGCCGAUGACGAAGGAACGGGCGUAUUUUGAAGCGACGGCUUUGAGAGAGCAGCGUCGCUGGUGCUCCGAUCAUGUGCCGGAGGUUUAUCAUUUUGAUAGGGAAAUGGCUUUAAUCGGUAUGAGGUACUUGGAGCCUCCGCAUAUAAUUCUUAGAAAGGGCCUGAUUGCCGGAAUUGAGUACCCUUUGCUUGCUGAACACAUGUCUGAGUUUAUGGCGAGGACUCUUUUCUUCACAUCUCUUCUAUACCAUGACACAACCGAGCACAAACGUGCAGUUGCUGAAUUUUGUGGAAAUGUGGAGUUAUGUCGGCUCACUGAGCAAGUUGUGUUCUCUGAUCCAUACAAAGUAUCUCAGUACAAUCGGUGGACUUCUCCUUAUCUUGACCGCGAUGCUGAGGCAGUUCGAGAGGAUAACAUUUUGAAGCUUGAAGUUGCCGAGUUGAAAUCUAUGUUCUGUGAGAGAUCGCAAGCCCUAGUACAUGGAGAUCUUCAUACUGGUUCAGUUAUGGUUACCCCUGAUUCGACUCAAGUUAUAGAUCCAGAAUUUGGCUUUUAUGGACCAAUGGGGUUUGAUAUAGGCGCUUUUUUAGGAAACUUGAUUUUGGCUUACUUUGCACAAGAUGGGCAUGCUGAUCAAGUGAAUGAUAGAAAAACAUAUAAAGAAUGGAUUUUGAAGACAAUAGAACAGACUUGGAAUCUUUUCCACAAAAAAUUUACUGCAUUAUGGAAUGAACACAGGAAUGGCUCUGGUGAGGCGUAUCUUCCAGAAAUUUAUAAUAACUCUGAACUUCAGCUUCUCACACAAAAGAAAUACAUGCAAGAUUUGUUGCAUGACACCCUUGGAUUUGGUGCUGCCAAAAUGAUAAGGAGAAUUGUUGGUGUAGCACAUGUUGAGGAUUUUGAAUCAAUUGUUGAUGCUAGCAAGCGAGCUAACUGUGAGAGACAGGCACUUGUAUUUGCAAAGAUGCUUUUGAAGGAAAGGAGAAAAUUUCAGGCUAUCACUGAAGUUGUUUUAGCCGUUCAGCAAGAACAAUCGUGAGAAAAGUAUUAGGUAAAGUUGAAUGUUUGGUUAGGGCAUGCAGAGUUAGUUGGGGUGGGUGUUCUGAUAUGAUUUGGAUCCCAAAUUGCCAUUUAGAGCAAUGAGAUACGAUAUUAUAUCUGGUUUAUACCAAUGAUCUGAAUUGCACUUCUUGCUGUAUUUGCUUCUGUUGUUUGCUACAAAUGAUUCUCAUAAGCUCCUGAUGAAAUUAUAAAUCCACAGAUUGAGACAUUUUAAAUAUUUUACCAAUAUUUUCUA